AUGGCACCAACGAAGCUCGGCGCGAAGGGGAGGAAAGGGAGCAAGAAGAACCAGGUCAAGUUCACGAUCGACUGCAGCGACCCGGUGAAAGACGGGGUCUUAGACAUGGCCAACUUCGAGAAAUUCCUCAAGGACCGAAUCAAGGUCAAUGGCAAGGCCGGCGUGCUCGGAGACGCCGUGGCGGUCGCGCGGGAGAAGAGCAAGAUCCAAGUCACUGCCGAACUGCCCUUCUCAAAGCGGUACUUAAAGUACCUGACCAAGAAGCACCUGAAGAAGCAGCAACUCCGCGACUACAUGCGUGUGGUGGCGACGAACAAGCAAACCUUCGAGUUGAAGUACUACACAGUCACGGACGAGGGGGGUGAGGACGAGGAGUAAGGAGAAGGAGGGGGGCGAAGGGCGGGGAGAGGAGGUGGGCUGGUGAUGCGGUCGAGGGGGGCGAAUGCUGCUCGGUAUCUGUCUCUUCGCACGGCUCGCGGCGGUGGCGGGAGAGAAGAGGAUUGAAAGAGGAUUGAAACAGAGGCAAAGCAACCAAGCACGGCCUCGGCUUUA